AUGGAAGCCAAAUUGCAUCAAGAAGGAGAAGAUAAGUCCAACAAUCAUGCAAUGACUGCUGCUCCUCUUCUCACCCCUUACAAGAUGGGAAAGUUCAAUCUUUCUCAUAGAGUUGUCCUAGCACCAUUGACUAGACAGAGAUCUUACAACAAUGUUCCUCAGCCACAUGCCAUCUUGUAUUACUCUCAGAGAGCCACCAAAGGUGGUUUCCUCAUAACUGAAGCCACCGGAGUUUCUGACACAGCCCAAGGGGUUUCAAAUGAAGAUUUCCAGCCAAAUGGACAAGCUCCAAUCUCAUCCACAGAGAAGUCAUUGACCCCUCAAAUUCGAAGUAAUGGCAUUGAUGUUGCAGAUUUUACACCUCCAAGGAAACUACGUACAGAUGAAAUUCAUCAAAUUGUCGAUGACUUUAGACUUGCUGCAAGGAAUGCCAUGGAAGCAGGUUUUGAUGGAGUAGAAAUCCAUGGAGCACAUGGCUACCUAAUUGAACAGUUCAUGAAAGAUCAAGUAAAUGACCGAACAGACCAAUAUGGUGGAUCUCUCGAGAAUCGCUGUCGGUUUGCUUUGGAAAUAGUUGAAUCUAUAACCAACGAGAUAGGAGCAGAUAAAGUUGGAAUAAGGCUAUCUCCGUAUGCAACCUUUAUGGAAGCAGGAGACUCGAAUCCUAAAGCUUUAGGAGUUUACAUGGUUGAGUCCCUGAAUAAAUAUGGCAUUCUCUACUGCCACAUGGUUGAGCCUAGAAUGAGAAUGCCUACAGAAAAACAUGAAUGCCCACACAGUCUUUUGCCUAUGAGAAAGGCUUUCAAUGGUACUUUCAUUGUUGCUGGGGGCUUCGACAGAGAAGAUGGAAACAAAGCCGUGGCAGAGAACCGUGGAGAUCUUGUAGCUUAUGGUCGUUGGUUCCUAGCUAAUCCAGACUUGCCAAGGAGAUUUGAGCUUAAUGCUCCUCUCAACAAAUACAAUAGAGAAACUUUCUAUACACCUGAUCCUGUGAUUGGUUAUACUGAUUAUCCAUUUCUUGAUGUCACUGCUUAG